AGACCGCCGACCGGGCAAAUCUCAAUCAACAAUUCAUUCAUUAUCCCCCCCCUUUUCCAUUUCCGAAAACACAAUCUCUAUUUGUGAAGAACCGUAUUAUCGAAGGAAUCACCGCGAUGGGCUGAGAUAUCAUUUUUAUUCAGUGUACCGCGCGAAUCCGACUCGAAGUGACCAUAAAAAUAUGGUGGUAGUAAUAGACGGCAGUAUAAUGAAAAACUACGUCGGAAACAACUUGAAAAUCGACCUAGGCGAAAAUAGUGAUCCCUUAACAUUCGUGGGUAACAACAUACGUGUGAAAAUCAAGAAAAACGAGGGAAAUAUCGACAUAGUUGGUGAUAAUUGCAAAGUGGACGUUCACAGCGGUUCCGGAAGUAUAAACUAUACUGGAAACAAUGGAAAAUUCAACUUUGGUGAAGCUAAAACUGAGAGAAAGUUCCGGUAUAACGGAAACAACGUAUAUGUUGAAUCGCCGAGGGAAAAUCGUGAUAAUCCAAAUAAGCAACAACCUAGUGAUGAAAAAAACAGAAAAAAGUGGAGCCAAUAUGGCCAUUGUGGGUGUAAUGGAGGUACCAACAUCGUUAUCUCAAACACUAAUCAUGUGAGGAUAAAUUCUUCUAUGGUACAACCAAGAACAACCAACACAUCAGAUUCCAGUCGAAGAAAAAAUGUUUAGGUUCAAUUUAUCACCUAUAUUGAUUACAGAUGAGUGAUGUUAUCUUUUAUCUUAUGUGAAGUUCCUAUAAUUUAUUUUUAUUUAUGUAAAUAUUUUUGCGAUAAUAUCGCCCCAAGCUCUUGUAUCCCAGUUUAAAAAAUACGUAAUAUAUUAAAUGAAUUUCUUAAGUAA